GCGCGGGGCUGCGGGAGCGCGGCGACCCGAGGGCCGAGCGGACCCGGGGACGCGAGGACCCGCGCGGGCCGGCAUCACUGCGUCGCCCCGCGCGUCUCUGGGCUCAGAGGUACACAAAGAUGAAGACAGCAACCAACAUCUACAUAUUUAACCUGGCUUUGGCAGAUGCUUUGGUUACCACGACCAUGCCCUUCCAGAGCACGGUCUAUCUGAUGAACUCCUGGCCCUUCGGGGAUGUGCUGUGCAAGAUCGUCAUCUCCAUCGACUACUACAACAUGUUCACCAGCAUCUUCACCUUGACCAUGAUGAGCGUGGACCGAUACAUUGCUGUGUGCCACCCGGUCAAGGCUCUCGACUUCCGCACGCCCCUGAAGGCAAAGGUCAUCAACAUCUGUAUUUGGAUCCUGUCUUCAUCUGUUGGCAUCUCGGCCAUAGUCCUUGGAGGAACCAGAGUCAGGGAAGACAUGGACGUCGUCGAGUGCUCCUUGCAGUUCCCGGAUGACGACUACUCCUGGUGGGACCUCGUCAUGAAGAUCUGUGUCUUCGUCUUUGCCUUCGUGAUCCCCGUCUUCAUCAUCACGGUCUGCUACACCCUCAUGAUCCUGCGCUUAAAAAGCGUCCGGCUCCUUUCCGGCUCCCGAGAGAAAGACCGCAACCUCCGUCGCAUCACCAGGCUUGUCCUGGUGGUGGUGGCGGUCUUCGUCAUCUGCUGGACCCCCAUCCACAUCUUCAUCCUCGUGGAGGCUCUGGGCAGCAGCUCCUACAGCACGGCUGCGCUCUCCAGCUAUUACUUCUGUAUCGCCUUAGGCUACACCAACAGCAGCCUGAACCCCAUUCUCUAUGCGUUUCUCGAUGAAAACUUCAAGCGGUGUUUCAGGGACUUCUGCUUUCCAAUUAAGAUGAGGAUGGAGCGCCAGGGCACUGACAGAGUCAGAAACACCGUUCAGGAUCCUGCCCACCUGAGGGAUGCUGAUGGGAUAAAUAAACCAGUAUGACUAGUCAUGGAGAUGUCGUCCUGUAGUUCUCCGGGUAGAGAGGAGUUCAACGAUCUAGGUUUAACUCAGAUUACUACUGCAGUCUGAGCUGGAAGGGCAGCAGUUUUAACAAACUUUCAGAAAUCUCAUGGUCCGAGGUGGUGAGAUGCAGGCUGCAUUAGCGACCCAGGUCAGUGGAGACAUCAAGGCUGUGUGGACAGAGCGCAAGAGGUCUGAGCAAGGAGAUGCAGCCCCUGUCUAGGGAGGGGAAGCGAGGCCGACUCCCAGUUCCUUUGAGGGACCAAGAAACGAGCCUUUUCCUUCCGGUUGCCUAGAUCUCGUUCAGGACCCAUCUGCUGUGACCUUCCUAUGCAACGUGGAGUCCAAAGCUCUGUUUAGGAAAAAAGAAAAGAAAAGGAAAGUGGUUUCAGAGCUUAGUGGGCAUCCAAUCCGGAUGCUUAACACUGACAGCAGCAACCUCAUUAAGAAGGAAAACCGUGUCCAGGGCCCGUGCCCAGCUCGCUUACCGCCGUGUGGACACGCAUCUCCUGUGGCUGCAGGGUGAGGAGUUCCGCUUAAGACACCCACACCUGGGGCGUCUGCUGUUCACAUGUAGUAGGAAACUGUCCUGAUGUUUACAAAGUCAUUUAAACGUGCAAAAGGUGGUUAUCGUUUAACCUCUUGAAAAGCUAUGGUUUCUUUGUUUUUAGCGUGCUAUUCAGAUAAAUAACCUCAUGAUAAAGCAUGUCCUGGUGUCAAGAGACACAAAGUGGUUUAAAUACCACCAACUAUACAUAGAGUUUCAUCUGUAAAUAGCAGUGUACGUACAAAUAAGGAAUGGGCUUGCCUCCCCGCCAGGUGGUUUCCCGAGGGCACGCUGAUGAGAUCCCAAGUCGUUCAGGGUUGAUGCCGAGGUAUUUUCCUGCUGCAUAAGCUUCUGUCUGAGGAUCAGUCAUGGCGCCACGACUCCCUGAGCGCCCGUUAGCCCUGUAAUGGGUGUUCUGAGCCCAGAACUCAUGUGUUAAUGAAUCAGGAAAUGCUUAACUCGCUCCCAGGUUGUAGCCUUGGCAGAAUCUAGCUCAUAAGCAGCAUCUCUUUAUGAAUGUAUCGCUGGUACCAGCUUCUCUCUAUUCAUGGAAGGAGGGCGUCUUGCUCAUGUGAAUCUUGAGGUACUAUUUUGUGGCUUUCAGCGAGAAGUAAAAUUGAUCCUAAUUGUGGGCUGAAUGAGGACAUCAUGUCGCUCGUGGUGCUUGGACAUACCUGGCACCACGCUGCGUGAGGAGCACACCUGCUGAGGACAAUGCCAACGGGCAGCACAUUUAGGGUGAUUUUGCUAAAACUUCCAGAUGACAUAUACAUUCCUCUUUCUUUCCCCUGGAACGUAUGGUUUCAAGGUAAUGGCUUUUUCUGCAACUUGCCUGGGCAGAAGAAAGGGCUAAUUUAGAAAUAACACCCAUCUCUUCUUUAAGCCUGUAUGUUAUUAGGGCAGCAUCCUGUGGGAUUUACAGGAAAAUCAAAUGUAUAGACUAUAUAACUCCCGACAUCACUACAUCGAAAAGUUCUGUUCACUGAGUACUUUCUCUCCUGUGUGUGUACUCUCUCCUUUUGGAAACAUACCCUGCAUGGAAGAGUUUGUACGUGGUUUCAGAAUUUUACUGUGGUGUUGUUUGUCUACUUUGCAGAUUUUCAUGGCACCUAGCACAGCUGAGUGAAGGCAGUGGGGCAAGGUUUUCCCUGAUGAAAAUGAAGUGUUCUUUUGAGCAUUUCCUACAUUUCAUUGAUUUUCUUAGGUGUCCUUGUAUUCUUAUAGCUAAAAGUACGUAGGAAUGGCUUAAAUACUGGUUGACAUUCAUCCCAUGGUUAAAAAUUUUGGCCAUCAUAUGAGAGGGAUAUUUAAAUGGAGGGUUCCAGGAACAAACCCUGCUGUGGGAAAUACGACAAUCUCUUUAAAUUCACACUCCACAUACCCUCAUAGCAUCUUGCCACUAUUGCAGCCUAAAGGUUAGCCUGAGCAUCCUGCAUCUCUUCGUGUCUAAGUUUGCAGCCCCAGGAGAGAGAGAAACAGCUCUCAGUGCCCGUGAGGUCAUGGUGUUCCAAGCUUCUCCAUUGUUGGAAGCACCAGAGUCCCCAGACCAGAAGAGGAGAGGACGGCUAUGUCAUUUUAGGGCAGUACUUUAAAGGAUGUUGAAGUGAAUCAUGUAUGUUAGGAAAAAUAUCUCUUACACCAAUAUAUUUCUUUGUCAAAGGUGUGUAUGCGUGUGUGUGAGAGUUGAGUGUAUGUGUGCGUGCUUUGUGUGUGUGUGUGUGAAUGUGUGGAUACUGUGUGCAUACACAGUGUGUGAGAGUGUGUGUCUGUGUCCCAUCUCGUCAUGUUCCUGUUCUCCAAUCACGGCAAGGAGUGUACUGUCCACUGUGUCUCUUUGGGACCAGAACUGCGUGUAUCUAACCUUGAAUUCAGCUUCCUCCAUGAGCCCCUUCUCCCCUCCCUGGCAAGAACUGGAAGACAGGACCUAGUGAGGGGGUCAGAAAAAUGCAGAGAAAUAAAACUGUGCAGGAGGCGGCAAUGAGGAUGAAAAACCAUAAUUCCGACUGGAAGAAGAGUAGAAGUUAGUGUCUUGUGUUACUCUAUGAAUCUGGAUGCAUCCCCUAUGCAGAGUUUAAGUCAAAACUCCAGGCUUAAUACUAAAAAGGAAGCAUAGUUUGGAAAGACAGUUUUGAAAAAAAUCAAGGAAAAUUCACAGAAGUCUUAAGAAAACGGUUUCAUUCUAUGAUGCAUUACUGAGAAAUAAAGUUC